UCAGCAGUGAGAAUGGAGUAUUUAAACAUUAACAAGACUAAAUAUACUAAAUCAAAUCUAGGCUGAAAUAAGCUUAGCUGACAACACUGGUAAAAUCGAAUCUGUGCUAACAUUAAAAAAAUUUACCUUUUAAAAGUGCUUAAUAUUUUAACGACGGAAAAAAAUGGGGCCCAAAAACCUAGUAGCAAUCGCCGGUGCCAAGCUUCCUGCUGAAAAAGGACACUGCGUCUUAUGCGCAGUCGCAGCUGAAAGAGCCUGCCAGCGCUGCGGCGACUUUUACUGCUCCAAAGAAUGUCAGCUUCAAGAUUGGCAGCGCCACCGCUACAUCUGCUUCCCGCUGCCCGCCCUCGUCUAUCCGAAAUCGUUUUCGAUUCAACUAGGCGAGAGCUCCGAGGAACUGUCGAUGGAGGGAGCGAAUUUCUUGGAUAAGCCUGAUAAGGUAGUAGUCGAGAGUGGCCGCCCAUCACCCCUGCCACUCAAUAUACCGAACCUGGAAUGUGCUGGUACUGUAACUAAGAUCGGCCACAUCGCUGUAGGUGCUGCCCCUAAAAGUGUUCCUGCUACCAGUGAACCGAUCCCGCACGCCAGCAACAGCAUCGUCUCGAAUAACAACACUUUCAAAGCGAAAAACAAGAAUGUUUCGCCACCAAAAGCGAUCGUGCCUCCGAGCAAUAGCCUCGUAUUCAUAUCAGGAUUCCGUUCCCCGAACCGCUGCUACAUACGCGAUGCCUCCGAAAUUGCUGAAAAGUCAUUUGCCCAAAUGUGCGAGAAGGUCAAUGUCAUGGGGAAUGAAAUGCCCAUAAUGGUGAAGGCACGCCCCCACGGCUACUGUCUAGCCCGUUACAACGGCAUUUUUCAGCGAGCUUCUGUGAUGACUACAACGGGCCACCACACCGCGCGACUUCUGCUCUUCGACCUGGGAAUCGUCAAGUCCCGAAAUCUUUCAGACAUGCGCGAGAUCAACGAAGAGCUGCUUUCACUGCCAUCCUUUAGUGUCCAGGUGCAGCUGAAGAACGUUCCCAACUAUGCCAUUACCGAGGAUGUCAUCGAGUUCAUCUCCCGAUUCGAAGGUGAGAAGUUUUUGGUCGUGUAUACGAAAGCCCCUGGCGCCAUCAACGUUGAGCUGCUGGAUCCGGAAACCAAAAUGUCCCUCAAUACCCGGAUCUGUGAGUUUUGUAUAAACAAGAAUAUAUAUGAGAAUCCGUUCAGUGGCAACAAAAACCGGAUCGAGAAAGAGACACCCAAGCAACAGAACCCUAAUGCUGAUCUGGCAUUAAAUAAACCCAAUCCAAGCCAAGAAUCUGUGACAGUGAGCCAUAAUAAAAAUAAAACUUCUACAGAAAAAAAAAUGGAAAUUGGAGAAGGAAAUGGAAGUAGCAUUCCUAUUCAAGAUAGCAAAAGCACUAAGAUCGAAAUGGAGGAGAAUUUAAACGAAACCAAAGAUAUUAAUCGGACUGAUUCUAAUCCGCAGAAUGAUGACAGUGCCAAAGAAUCGGAAGAAAGCACUGAAGGUGCCAAGAAAACUUCUAAGAUACGGAGCUUGAUCCUGCCCCAAGAGCCCACAGUGAAUGAAACCAUGGACAUGGACAAUGGGCGAAAAGAUGAAGCUGUCAAAGAUUUUCUAAUGCGAUGUCUGGACUCAAGGCCCACUAUGCCAAGUCCCGAUGCUACAAAUGAGGUACAGCUUAAGAAGCAACUGGAGGUGCAGACCCAUCACUCUCAGCCGAAACGUCAAGAAAAAGGGAUUAAUGGCGCUGUGCUUGUACCGCCAUUUAAAAUGCUCCGCUUUAACAUUUCAAGCAAAGAAGGUAUCGACGUAUACGUAGUGGAUGUCUCGAAAAUAGCCAGAGGUAUUUUUGGAGCCUUCGAUUCCUCGUUUGCCUCCGAGUUUUCCACCCUGCACUCGCGUAUGGCGGAGAUCACCGAUUCGGAGCCGUACAAGCCAUCUCUCAAGGAAAUUGUACUGGCCAAGUUUGAGGGCUCCUGGUAUCGUGGCCGAGUGGAAAAAGUGAAUGUUACACCCAUGCAAACUAAGUAUCGAGUGUUGUACUUGGACUACACCAAUGCAGCGGAUGUAGCCGAGAAAGAUAUUCGUCGGUAUCCCAUGGACUUUACCACUCCGUGCACCACCAACAUUUGCAUGAUCGAUGGCUUCCCGCAUAAACCAAGUUUAGCACAGGUUGCCUACUUAUCGGAGACCAUCAAGGUGCACCAACUACUUCACGUUGAUGGCGCUAUGUAUCUGAGCAUUCAGAGCGACAUAGCGAUUAUAAAGAGCCGAUCGUUGAUCGAAAAGUUAAUGAGCUUGUAAUUAACUAACUUAUAGUAUAUGUAGUAUAUAUCUUGAUGGAAAAAACCUAUUCCAAAACGUAAAAUACACCCAUAACAUACUUUUUUUUUAACCAUUUAUAUACGUAUAAAUAAAAUUCAAUUUAAUAACAACGUUAAGAGCUGUUAAUACACAAUAAAAAUCCGUUGCUGCCAUCGA